AUGUUUUCCGUUCUCGCGUGGGCUCUCGGGCCCGUGCUGUUAGCACUCCAUGCAAGCGCACAGACCACCAGGUGGUGCGAUAGUCUUACCAAUGUCUGCUUCACGCGCUACUACUACCCCGACCUCGAUACCUCCUGGGGCUACGUCUUUCCACCUCUCCCAGCGGCGGGUCAAACACCGUCAGAUGAAUUUAUCGGGCUCUUCACCGGGCCUUCGUCACUUGGGUGGAUUGGAAAUAGUUUGGGUAAUGGGAUGCGUCAGAAUCCGCUCGUAGUUGCAUGGACGGAUGGGAAUACGCCCAGGGUUUCCGUUCGCUUUACCAGCAACUACUCCCCUCCGCCAGUAUAUUCGGGUCCCAGCGUCACAGUUCUCGGAGCGUCAGGAGUUAACGCAACCCACCAGAGAAUUGUCUUCCGCUGCCAGCGCUGCACUACCUGGACCGGAGGCUCGAAUGGUAUCAGCCUCAACGGCGUCGCAACGUUCGGUUACGCUCUUCAUGGAACGAUCAAGCCUCUCACUCCCUCCGACCCCGGCUCGUCACUCUAUCAACAUACCAUGGCGGGCCUACACACCAUAGACGUCUCACAGGCGCACGACCCGCUCUACAACAACUACCUCACGACGCUACAGAAUGCUCCUCCGGUCAUACCUCCGACAGUGCCGUCGACGACUACGACACCUAUCCCAACCCCUACAGGCCCACUCCAAUGCCCUGGCGCGCCACAGCCGACGUACGCGCUGAUGGUGGCCGACGGAUGGCGAGCCACACCGGUCCUUGGAAGGCUCUCCUCGCCGCGAGGCGUUGCAAUCGAUACGAUGGGCAACUUGCUCGUCCUUCAGCGAGGUCGUGGGCUGACAGGACAUGGGCUCGACGCGAACGGAUGCGUGACGAGCACGACGACUAUCAUUUCGGAUACCGCUAUCAACCAUGCCAUCGAGGUCCACCCGGAUGGGAACAGGAUAUUUGCUAGCUCUUCGGAUGUAGCCUGGUCUUGGGAUUACAACCCUUCGACAAUGACCGCGACGAAUAGGAGGACUCUGGUUACUGGAAUGAACAACAACUACCACUUCACCCGUACCAUCUUGAUUCCGAAGAAAUACCCUGAUUAUAUGGUGGUCAACGUCGGGUCUGACGGGAACCUCGACUGGCCGACUUUCCACCCCGCAGCUGGACGGGCCCAAAUCCGCGUGUUCGACCUCCGGACCCUCCCAGCGAACGGUGUUCCUUUCACGAGCGGAAGGGUAUUCGGGUACGGACUUAGGAAUCAUGUUGGCAUAGCAGAGGAUCGGGGCGGAACGGUCUACAGUAUCGAAAACUCCCUCGAUGACGCCUAUCGCACAGUCAACGGGCAACGACGAGAUGUCCACAAUGAUAACCCUGCCGAAAAGGUCUAUAGGCUGGGCAACCCAUCUGCGCCGACUGGCUUCUGGGGUGGUUACCCAUACUGUUUUACCGUCUGGGAACCCAGCAGUUUCAUCGACAAGACCUUCCAGGUCGGCGAUUGGUUCGUCCAAGCCCCAAAUGCAACUCUCACAGACGCGUGGUGCGACAACAACGCUGUGAAGCCCAUCGCUCUUCUGCCACCACAUACCGCGCCGCUCGAUAUCAAGUUCGGCGUCGGCAGUGAUACCAACCUGUACGUACCUAUGCACGGAAGUUGGAAUCGCAAUCCACCCCAGGGUUACAAAGUCGUCAUUGUACCUGGGCAGUACUCCGCUUCGGGCGAGUGGUCGCCGAGCGUUGGCCUUGCUCAGACAAAAACGACAUGGUCCGACUUACUGAGGAACCGGGCGGAGAACUCUUGCAAUCAAGGUUGCUUCCGCCCCGUCGGCCUCGUCUUCUCCGCCAACGGCGAAAAUAUGUACGUCGCGAGCGACACCUCGGGCGAAGUCUUCCUCAUGAAGAGGAACGCUGGCGCGGUGACGACCGUUACCGGUGGCCCGACUCAGGGCCCGACUUCACAACCUACGUCUCAGCCUACGUCCCAGCCCACAUCCCAGCCCACGUCCCAACCUCAGCCCACGACGCCGACUACCACGAGCACCGCACCUCAGCCCACGCAGACGGUUUGGGGACAAUGCGGUGGUAAUGGAUGGACUGGUCCUACACUCUGCGCAUCGGGCUCGGUUUGUCGAUUCCAAAAUGAUUGGUACUCGCAAUGCGUCCCUGGCUAA